ACCACCUGAUCCUCUACUUAAACAUUUGUUCUUUUUGUGUUUUUUUUUAUCGACCCAACUGCCUGAAGUCACGAUAAAUUAUCAGAAGGUACUUGAGACACUGCUCAAUCGUCACAGGUCGCUCUCUGGAUAGCACCGUUCUUCAUAGCUCGCCUCUGAGCGAGCUCCAACUCGCCACUCAAGCUACCUAUCGACCAUGGCGAAGACGUAUCUGGGAGCUCUGAACUCCCUGCUCAUUCAAGCCAUUGGUUUGAUGUUUAUGCUCUAUUACUGGUUUUUGACUAUUAUAAAUGGUCAAUUCUUCAAAAAGCCGACAGCAGAGUAUAAAUCUGAAUUGGCAUUAGCUCGAGAUCAUUUCUGGAACCUCUCAAAACAACCAUUUGAUCUGCAUCAUCGUUUCUUGACUCUGCGCGAUGGCUUCAAGUUUCAUUAUGUUACUAAUGCCAUCCCGGAUCCUCAAACACCUGCUUCAAAGCCUCUGGUGAUCUUUGUGCAUGGCUUUCCAGAUAGUUGGGUGGUAUGGCGAUACGUCAUGGGCUCAAUCUGGCUUCGCGAAACAAGCAAUCUCGUGGCUGUAGACCUUCCUGGAUAUGGAGGCUCGGAUUUGCUGAAGCGGUAUUCUGCGACUGAAGUCCAUGAGAAAAUGACAGAAUUUAUCAUCUCAUUGAGGGAACUCUAUGGGAUUGAUAAUCCAGAGAGAACUGGUGCUCAACAACGAGUGAUUAUUGUUGCUCAUGAUUGGGGUUGUGUUAUUUCUAUGCGCCUGGCAGCGGAUGCGCCACAAUUGGCGGAUCGAUUUGUUCUCACCAAUGGACCUUUGAUUUCCCUGGUUCAAUCGAAUAUUAAACGGCUCAUUUCUUCCUCAGUCAAAAUGCUAAAGCUAUUUUCUCACUCUCCGUUACAAUCGCGGUCAAUGGUGAAGAAAGCUUUGCACACGAUGAAUCCAGUCAUUCGACAGGCCGUGGCCUCGGGCUAUGUCUUUGCAUUGCAGCUUGCACUCCCCAUAGUGCGUCUUCAGGGAAGCGGUGGCGACACCGCACUUCUACGAGCGAUCCAUAAAAUGGCUCACGGUGUGAACAGCAUACCUUCUGCGAAAGAAAUUGCUGAGGGAGUGGCAGGUUGUCUGGGGCCUUCCCUCAGACAAGAGAAUACAGAGACAUCUGAUUCCGAAAGAUAUUCCAAGGACGUCGUCAAACAAUCCUACGGUGAGAAAUAUGUCAGCAUGACCAAUUACUACCGACAGGGAACAAGUACCGGUCGAUGGAAGAAGUCCCUCGAGACCAUCACAGGACUUUACAGUCUAAGCGACGGGGGCGAAAUAAGGCGCAAGAGCAGUCAUUCCGGCGUCUUUGACGAGGGACCCGAGGGUUCACUGAAAGCCAAAGCCACGAUUGUCUGGGGCAUGGAAGACGUUGCUUUGAAUCCUCAUCUCAACCUAGAUGGGAUCGCGGAUUAUCUUAGUAGAGAUAGUCAAGUUGUUACAUUACCGAGAGCGGGUCAUCAUACACCGGUUGAGAAGGAGAGUCGGCUUGCGUUGCAGAAGGUAGUCGAAUGGGCUGUGGCAGGGGAAGAGGGCGAUGUGGGUUCGGUGGCUAAAGCCGUUUAUCCUGGAGCAGUAGUGACAGUUACGGCUUGAAAUUUAUAUUCUAAUUGAAUGAUGUAUCGGGAGUUGAUAACCCUGCUAAAUUUCAAACCAGAUGAACACUUGAAGUUCGAUUUAUGUGUUGGUUCUACGGUAUCGCUUAAGCGUCUUAUGGGUGACUACUCAGUCACGUACGCCCAUUUGGGAACUCCAUUGGCCUAUCAAGUCGACUACUAAUCUGUUAACGUCACCCCUCUUCAGACAGCCG